AUAAUAUAAGUUAGACUGGACCUCUUGUUUAUUACAAUAACAGUUUAUAUACACAGAUCUAGAUUUUCUGUCUAGAUCUAAUUACUAGUCUAGAAAAAAUCAAAGAUAUCAUACUAGCUUAUACAUUUGUCAAUUUUCCAUUGUGCAUUGCAUUAGCAAUGUAUUUCAAACUCUGAAUUGUACUAAUAGUACUUUAUCCAAAAUCGUGUACGGGCACGGUAUUAGAGCUAAUCUAGAUCUAAACCUCUCCACUGUUUUACUGUGAUGUGGAAUAAUAGCAACAAACGUGUAAGCCCGAAAAUGGAGUCGUUGUUGUCUAAGUACAUUAAAGUAGCCUCCGUGGUUACGGCCUACUGGGUUAUCUCAAUAUCUAUGGUUUUUAUGAACAAGUAUUUACUUAGCAGUGAUGACUUAAAGUUAGAUGCCCCAUUGUUUGUAACAUGGUUUCAGUGUAUUGUGACCUUUCUUCUGUGCAUACUUUUGAGCCUUGGCAGUCAGUUUGUUCCUAAAUAUGUGUCAUUCCCUGGAGUUAAAAUAGAACUCAAACUUUUAAGAGCUACUCUGCCACUUUCAAUUAUAUUUGUAUGUAUGAUAACAUUCAACAAUCUCUGCCUUAAGUACAUUGGAGUGGCUUUUUAUUUUGUUGGUAGAUCUUUAACUACUGUAUUCAAUGUGGUUUUUACAUAUUUCAUGCUUCAACAAACCACAUCGGGCAAAGCAUUGGCAUGCUGUGGCAUUAUUAUUGCUGGUUUUUUUAUGGGAGUAGAUCAGGAAGGAGCAUCAGGCACUCUUUCAAUAGUUGGUGUUAUAUAUGGUGUUCUGGCUAGUGCUUCUGUUGCUCUGAAUGCCAUUUAUACCAAGAAAGUGCUCCCCCUGGUAGACAACAAUGUCUGGCGUCUGACUUACUACAACAACAUCAAUGCCAGCAUAUUGUUUAUUCCCCUUAUGAUUAUGUUUGGCGAGGUUGGUGAAGUGGUGAGGUUUCCAUUACUCAGCUCAAUCACAUUUUGGAACUGGAUGAUAAUGAGUGGAGUGUUUGGGUUCGCUAUAGGAUACGUUACAGGAUUACAAAUUCAAGUGACUUCACCUCUGACACACAACAUAUCUGGAACAGCUAAAGCCUGUGCUCAAACUAUCUUAGCAUGUAUUUAUUAUCAUGACAUCAAGACAAACUUGUGGUGGGUCAGCAAUAUGGUUGUUCUGUUUGGCUCAGCUGGGUACACUGAGGUCAAGCGCAGGGAAAUGAACCAACAGCAUAAAAUAACUAUUGCUGAAGCCCAGAAACAAAAUGAAAUUUUGAUAUCUCUAGAAGAUAGCAAGCAACCGCUGCUUGAGGAUGAAACAAGAAAAGCAGAAAAAAAGUAACAGUGUCUUGGUAUUUUUCUGUUUCUAGUUAUCUUAACUGCUUCAUAAUCUUAUGGAUGUACAAUGUGGGGUGUUUUUGUUUUUUCACUACAUAUUAUAUGGUGAUCUAGCUUAGCUUCUAUCAAUACAUGUACUUUUUAGCUACACCUCUUUUGCAAACCAUUAAGGCAUGGUCGAAAUGCUUCAUUAACUGCUUUUUAGUCACAGGGUUCCCACUCUUUGACAUGUAAUUUAUAAUUAUUUUUUAAUCAAUUCCUACUUUAUGUUCAAAUAAUAUAAAAACUAAACAUUCAUAACCUUUGCAUGGGGUUGGCCGUAAGCAAAAGUGAUAUUACUGAUAAUUAUUAAUAAGAAAAAUGCAAUGUAAUUGUUAGAUCCCCUGAGUCACAUAGAUGGAACACUUUGAUUUAAAAUGUAUGUAAAAGUUUUUAAUUAAUUAAGUAAUAAUUGAAUUGAUUUUUCUAAAAUUGUAAUAAAAUGUGUUGUCACAUGGCACAACGUAAUGUGCAAAAUUUCAGCUAGAUAGGAUAAUGAAAUGUCUUAAUAAAUUAUUCAAAAGUUAGUUGAAAUUUAAAAAAAAAAAUUAAAGCUUUAAUUAUCAAUUUUUCCUGGUCAUCAUAAGACAAGCUUUUUUUUUUGUUGUCACUUACAAAUUUGUUUAGGAAUGGUGUGGUGUAAUAAACAAUACAUACAUCAUACAUAUAUAAACAACUUACAAUAGAUG